AUGGAUCGCAUAGAACCUUCCCAGCCCGAAACGCCGGCCUCGCCUGUCCGCCAGGGGAUCAAAUGGCAGCCCGCGGACGAGGAGGCCGGCCAGGGCCAGAGAGGGCGCCCGACACUGCGAAGGGCGCACUCUCGCGGCUCCAUGUCGAUCCAUAGCGCCCAUUCGAGAGCUGGCUCCAUCGAUCCGUCUGCAGCUAUCCCUAUCCAAUACCGCACACUAUCCAUCGAUGUCGAGGACUACCAGGCCAACGCUUCGCAGUCUAAAAAGAAAGAUGCGGUGGCGACAGAUCUUGCGGAUCUCGAAUGGCACACGAUCGCGGUGGACGAGCUCGUGCGCCGGCUUUCCAGCUCUCUCAAGGAAGGCCUCUCCGACGACCAGGUUCAGCGGCGGAUUAAGCAGUAUGGCAAGAACGCGCCCACGCCGCCGCAGACGCAGCGCGUGCGGCAAACACUGGGUUACUUUUUCAAGGGCUUCGGUCCCAUCCUUCUCGCGGGCUCGAUCCUCGUCUUCAUCGCCUGGAAGCCCCUGGGCGACCCUCCCCAGACGGCCAACCUGGCGCUGGCCAUCGUCCUGCUCGCCGUCUUCUUCAUCCAGGCCGGCUUCAACAUGUUGCAGGACUGGUCUAGCUCCCGCGUCAUGGCCUCCAUCAAGACAAUGCUCCCAGACGAGUGCCUCGCUAUCCGCGAGGGUGUCCAGUGUGACCUGCUGGCGCAGGACAUCGUGCCUGGGGAUGUCGUCGUCAUCAAGGCGGGGAACAAGCUGCCGGCCGACGUGCGUUUCGUCGACGUCUCAUCGGAUGCCAAGUUUGACCGCUCCGUUCUGACGGGUGAAUCUGUCCCUAUAUCCGCCUCGACCGACUCGACCGACAGCAACUACCUCGAGACACGAUGCAUAGGCCUCCAGGGCACACACUGCGUGUCGGGGACUUGCCUCGGAGUUGUGGUGGCUACGGGAGACAUGACUGUCUUUGGCCGGAUCGCCAAGCUCACGAGUGAGCCGAAGAAGGGCAUGACCACCCUAGAGAAGGAGGUGGCCAACUUUGUCUGGAUCAUCUGUUCGAUCAUGUUGCUCAUGAUAAUACUGGUUAUUGCUCUCUGGGCCGGUUGGCUGCGAAAAGAACACCCUAACUGGAUCAACGUACCCAACCUCAUCGUCAGCUGCGUGUCCGUCGCUGUGGCUUUUAUCCCCGAGGGUCUGCCGGUGGCGCUCACGGCCAGCUUGACCAUCAGCGCCAACAUGAUGCGCAAAAACAAGGUCUUGUGCAAGUCUCUCAAGACGGUCGAGACGCUGGGAGCAGUCUCUGUAAUCUGCUCGGACAAGACGGGGACAUUGACGCAGAACAAAAUGGUGGUCACGGAGGCGGCUGUUGCAGGCCAGAUUAUGACGGCACAAGAGGCGCUGGACAUGCUCCUUGCAAACCGCGACGCCUCAGAUCUGGCAGUGAACGCUCUGGAGCAGCUUCGGACGGUGGCUGGUCUCUGCAACGCAGGGGAGUUCGACGCGGCCACGCAGCACCUGGAGCUCAAGGAGCGCCGGGUCCGAGGAGAUGCCACCGACCAGGCCAUCCUACGCUUUGCUGAGAGCCUCGGGUCCGUGGCCGAGUCGAGACGCUUCUGGCACACACGCUUCGACCUGGCCUUCAACAGCAAGAACAAGUUCAUGAUUCGCGCCUUCAGCAAUGCCAACCGCGCCGGGCUCGCCGACGCCAUCCCCACCAACACCUGCGCCAUAUUCGAGCCGGGCGACAUGCUCCUCACCAUCAAGGGCGCGCCCGACGUCCUGCUUCCGAGGUGCUCCCGCUACGUGAGCAAGUCUGGCGCUUCCAUCUCCCUGACGCCGGCCAUGCUGGAAAAGGUCGACAAGAUCAAGAACGACUGGUCGGCGCAGGGCCGGCGCGUGCUCCUGCUGGCCCACAAGCCCAUCUCCCGGACCUCGCUCAAGAACCCGGUCCAGUCCUCGGGCUUCGAGCGCGAGAUGACGGAGCACGCCGCCUCAGGGCUGACCCUGGUCGGCCUCGUGGCCAUCGUGGACCCCCCGCGGCCCGAGAUCCCCGACGUGGUGCAGACGCUGCGCUGCGCCGGCGUGCGCAUCUUCAUGGUCACAGGCGACUUUGCCCUCACGGCCCAAGCCAUCGCGCGGGAGUGCAGGAUCAUCACGAACCCGGACAGCGCCGUGGCAAACAUCUCGGCGCUCUCGCGCGACACCCCUCCUCCCGCGGCGCCGGCGCCGGCUGGCAAGCACGUCAGGGUCGACUCGGACGCCGCGCCCCCCCUGUCGAUGUCGAUCGUGCUCACGGGCGCCGACGUGCAGUCGCUGCUGCCGGCGCAGUGGGACGCGCUGGUCGGGUCGUAUAACGAGGUCGUCUUCGCGCGCACCACGCCCGAGCAGAAGCUCCGGAUCGUACGCGAGCUGCAGGCCCGCGGCCACGUCGUCGGCAUGACGGGCGACGGCGUCAACGACGCGCCCGCCCUCCGCGCCGCCGACGUCGGCAUCGCCGUCGGCGGCGGGUCCGACAUCGCUAUCGAGGCCGCCGACAUGGUCCUCCUCGACUCCUUCGGCUCGGUCGUAGAGGCCGUGAGAUAUGGACGAACGACAUUCGACAACCUGAAGAAGACCAUCGCCUACCUGCUCCCGGCUGGUAGCUUCAGCGAGUUCUGGCCCGUCAUGACCAACGUCGCCUUUGGCCUUCCGCAGAUCCUGAGCAGCUUCCUCAUGAUCAUCAUAUGCUGCUUCACCGACAGCCUGGCCGCCACGUCGCUCGCGUACGAGAAGCCCGAGGCCGAUGUGCUGCUGCGGCCCCCGCGCCGCGUCGGCGUCGACCACCUGGUAGACUGGAAGCUGAUCGUGCAGAGCUACGGCGUCGUCGGCAUGAUGGAGACGACGGCCUCCUUCGCCAUGGCCUACUGGUACCUCGAGCGCCAGGGCAUCUCCUUUUCCCGCACCUGGCUCGCCUUUGGCGCGCUGCCGCCCGACGUGGACCCGCAGUUUUACGCGCAGCAGCUUAAGGUGGCAAGCUCGAUAUACUUUGUGACCCUUGUUGUUAUGCAAUGGUUCAACCUCCUCGCCGUACGGACGCGCACGCUCUCCCUAUUCCAGCACGCGCCCGUCGGCAACAAGGAAACGCAGAACCUAUGGCUGUUUCCAGCCGUAGCCUUUUCCCUCGUCAUGGCCUUCUUCUGGCUUUACGUGCCCAGCCUGCAGGCCGUCAUCGACACUACCCCGGUCCCCGUUGAGUACUGGUUCCUGCCCAUGGCGUUCGGCGCGGCUAUCCUGCUGCUCGACGAGGCCCGCAAGGUCUGCGUCAGGACCUGGCCGCGCGGCUUCCUCGCCAGGGUGGCCUGGUAG